CACCAUGGCAACGCUGGCUGUCAUCAGUUCCGCGCGAGGAAAGGUGUUGAGUAUUCAGAGCCGGGCAGGCGGGAUGCACACAUAGUUUUAAUGCCCUCUGGAUUAAAGAAAGCUCUAAUAUUAUCGCUUGAUUGCUUGAUUCUUACCAAAGAUCAUUACGCGCCGACAAAAUGAGUCAUCUGAACCCAGGUCUUCUUUCAGCUUACAAUAGCUUAACUGACAAACAUCUGACUGGAUACUUCAACAAUGUGAGAAUACGAAGACAUCUUCAGAAAGUUGGGCUGAUCACCCGGAGCGGACGGAUUGUUCCCGAUAAGGAGUACAGGCACAAGCUGAUCCAGCGAGCGCAUCAGAGACAUGUGAGAGAGUGUCUGGCUCAGGCCAUCUUUCACAAGGUGCUAGACAUGGAGCGCCUUCAUCAAACUGAGAUCAAGAGAAAACUUGAAGAAUUUGCACGGAGGGAACGAAUCCACAAAAUGAAGGCUGAGCGCUCCAAGAGAUAUGAAGAUGAACCAGUGCUAAUGCUGUCACCUCGGCCACCCACGGGGCCAAAGAUCUCACACGCACGGCAUUCUGGGCCGGAGGGAGAGCAUUCUGAGUCAACAGAAUCUCCGAGUUCCUCAAGGCCCAACACAGCUCCAGGGAAGAUGCAGAGGCCUGUUCGACUCAAGCCCCUGAACAGUAACAGUGCCACGGCCUCUCUGAAGAGAACCUCCCCUCGACACAGACCCCCGGAGCGGGACUCCUCUAAUGACACCGAUCAGCCCCUCAGUUAUACGCUGGACAGAGACGCCAUGAGACAUUUGACCAUGACAGACUGCUCUAGCACUGUCUCGCCCUACCGUCUUCCUGUCAUUAACAACUAUGUGACCCCUGUGCCACCCCUCACGAAGAAAAAAGAGAGAGGGCUGAGAGCAAACGGCACACUCAGGGGUCGAAAGUUAAGACCCACUACGGCACCAACAGCUGCUACAGAGCCGUCUUCUCUCCAGAGGACAUCAGCCCAGAGUAAAGUGACAGUAAGCAUGGUAUACUUUGGGAAGAGUGUUCACCUGUCCCAUGAUUUGAUGGACCUCAGAGAUGAGGUCAAGGUCUUCCAGCAGCACUGUGGAGGAGAGAACCUGUGUGUCUACAAAGGGAAGCUGAGCGAGGGAGAAGUGUUCCAAUUUGUGUCAAGACGUCACCAAGGAUUUCCCUUCAGUCUUACAUUCUUCCUGAAUGGCCUGCAAGUGGAUCGGCUCAGCUCCUGCUGUGAGUUCAAACACAGGAAAGGCGCUCGGCUUGGGGGCAGACAUGGACACUUUGGAUUUUGUGGUGUGGAAGGAGCUUCUCCUUGCUACAAGUGUAUUAUUGCCAUGGGCUUGGAUAAAAAACCCACACCUCCUCAAAAAAGAGUGAAAGAGGAGCUGCCCACCUCUAAAUCCCCUGAUGCUAAGGAGGCCACGGAUGUAGAUGAAGACAUAGACACACGUUCUAAUGCAGAGCCUGACACACCUCAGGAAAUGGAGACAGAGCCUAAUGGAGAAACAACAGGGAAGAAAAAGACCAAAGAUGACUAUGAGGAAGAUUUUGAGGCAGAUGAUGAAGGGCCAGUUGAAGAUGGUGAUGAAGUAGAGGAAAAGCCAUCUUCUGCUGCCAGUGGUGGAGAAAAAGAACCUGAGACCAGGGAUGAAAAUGACAUAAAUGAAGUGAAAAGCAACUCUGACAGUGAUGACGCCAGUAUGUCGAAGGUCAAAAGGUCAUCAUCUGUCUCAUAUGGACGAACAUCCAGCUUGUCCAGCAGUGACAAUGACAACAGUGAAAGAGAAAUUGUGGAGGACACCAAAGAAGUCACCACUGCUAAUGUUUCAGAGGAGAGCUUACAUGCAGAGGAAGACCUCACCACAGCUGAGACCAAACCGGAGGAGACAGAGGUCACAGAGUCCAGCGACAUUACAUUACCUCAAGCUGCAGCGGAAGACUCUGGGACACAGGAUAGUCCAGUGGAUGGCAUGGAGAAGAGCGACCUGGAAAUGUCAGAAGACACAGACAAGAAAGAGGGAACUGAAGGUGAGCAAUCUGGGGAGGAUGCCAAACCUGAAGAUAAGCCUCAAGAGAAUGAGCCGGAGAGAGCCAAGUCAAUGCAAGAGAAGUUGGCUGAGGCCAUUUUCAAGGAAUCUCAAUGUAGUUCAGAGCCAGAGUUUAGUGAUACAAGCACAGAGGAAGAUGAAGGCGCCUCAGUGAAGACCCAACAGGAUGGCCAAGGAACAGAAAUGGAGAGUUUCACUUCACCACAACCAUCAAACACACAGGAUGAUAUUCCAGAGAAAAGUGAAGCCAAGACCCGGGAGUCUGUAUGUGAGGAAAGAGUACAGGAGGCUCAUGUCCACACAGAAGAAGAAAUAGGAGAGACGCAGGAGCCAACUUUAGACAUAGAAGAAAUGCAGAAGGAAGAACAAAGUGAGAGGACAAAUGAAGUUGAACAACCAGAUGAAAGAGAGGAAGUAAAAACUGAGACUGAGGACAUGCAGGAGAAAGAUAAGGACGGGGACAAUACAAAUGCAGAGGUUAAUACAGAGUCUAAUGAAGAAGAGAAAGACUCAUUAGUGCAGGAACCAGAGACACAUACUGAAAUGCUGGACGCUGGAAAUACAGACACUGAGUUUCCAGAGAUGGAGGAGAUGGAUUUGGUAUCUCAUACAGAGAAUGAUACAGAAACAGGUGCAGAUGACACUCAGAGGCAGCGAGACGCUGAUGACGCAGAUCAGAACAUAGAGAGGAGGAGCGAUGGACAGCCAGACAGAGAUGAAAGAGAAGACCUAUCAGAUGAGGCUGGGGAUGAUAGGUCACCUGGGGAAAUGGCACAGAAGACAGAUGGCAAGGUGGAUUGUGAGGGCUCUGUUGGUAAGGAGGAAGAUGGUGAAAAAUCCAGUGAAGAGAAAGAUGAGACAAAGGUUGAGGAUACAAGUGAAGAUUUGGGAGUAGAGGAGUCAGAGAAACCUGGGAAUGAAGAAAUCCAAGUUGGCGAGAAAGAAAAUGAGUUAGAGUGUAAGGAGGAAGAUGGUGAAAAAUCUAUUGAAGCGAAAAAUGAGACAAAGGUUGAGGAUACAAGUGAAGAUUUGGAAAUAGAGGAGGCAGAGAAACCUGAGAAUGAAGAGAUCCAAGUUGGCGAGAAAGAAAACGAGUUAGAGGUUAAGGAGGAAGAUGGUGAAAAAUCUAGUGAAGAGAAAUAUGAGACAAAGGUUGAGGAUUCAAGUGAAGAUCUGGGAGUAGAGGAGGCAGAGAAACCUGGGAAUGAAGAGAUUCAAGUUGACGAGAAAGAAAACGAGUUAGAGGUUAAGGAGGAAGAUGGUGAAAAAUCUAGUGAAGAGAAAUAUGAGACAAAGGUUGAGGAUUCAAGUGAAGAUCUGGCAGUAGAGGAGGCAGAGAAACCUGGGAAUGAAGAGAUCCAAGUUGGCGAGAAAGAAAAUGAGUUAGAGGGUGACCAAGAAUCAAAAGUAGAAGAUAAACAAAAUAAGGACAGUACAGAAAAAGACAAUGAUGGUGUGAAUGCUGACCAUAAAGAAAAUGAAGAUGGAGAACUGUCUAGUGAGGCUCUAAAUAGACUAAAUGAGUCACGGGAAAGUCAAGAUGUGAGGGCAGAGGGUAAUGAAAAAGAGGAUGAUGGUGUGAAUGAUGAACAAAAAGAAACAGAAGAUGGAGAACAGGUUAGAAACAUACUUAGCGAUGGAGCCGAGGAAGAAGGGCCAGAGAAAACGAACAGUGAGGUUGAGAUUGAAGGAGAAAUCAAUAAAGGGAAGGAUGAAAAGAUGGAAGAUAGGUCUCAGGAAGGGGAAGAAGAAGAGGACAGGAAGAUGGAUGAGAUGGCAGAGGGAACAGAUGGAAAUUAUGUAGAGAAUGAGGCAAAAGACAAAGAGCAUGAGGAUGAGUUAGAAACAGGAGAAAAGUUGAUAGAAGAGCCAGAGAAGGAGAUGGCAGAUAUAAACGAGAUUAGUGAGAAUACAUUAGAGGCAGGAGAUGGUUCUGGUGAGAAUACAGUCCAAAAAUUAGAAGACAUCUUUGAAGACCAAAAUGAGGAAUCAGUUUCACAGGAAGAACAAAAUGAAAUGGGUUCCAGCAGGGCGCCCAAGGAUGACACAGAGGCCAGUACCAAGGAAGAACUAAGUGAACCUGCUGAGGUGAAUAAUGACCUGCAAGAUAGUAACAUAGAUGCUGAAAAUGGAGAGAAACAAGACGUCGGUCUUGAGGAGGCUGAGAAGGUGGAAGAUUAUCUCCAAGAGGAAACGCAAGAUAAAUCAGAGGGUGAGACAGGUGAUAGUGCUCAAGAAGUUAUAGAUGACAAUGAAAAGCCAGAGACUGAUAAAGAUAUGAAAGAAGAAGAAAACGAUAAUGGCAAAGAGCAUGAGAUAGAAAACAAGUUGAAUGCUGAAGUUAUUCCCUCAGAAAUAGAGUCUCAGUUGGGCGGUGAACAUGAGGACCAGGGCAGUGACAACCAAAACGCUGACAAAGAGGAUGACAAAGAAGAGGCUGACAAAGAAUCAGAAACCUCUGCAACAACAUUCAUAGAAAACAUAACUCCUCAGAUAACACAGACGAUAGUCAAUAAGGAUACAGAAAGUGAGAUUGUCUCAGCAGAAACUAAAGUUACAGCAGAGGAACCAGAACUGAAGGGUACUGAUGAUGAACUGAGAAGUAGAGAUGCUCCUGAAGGGAUGGACAGUGAGACAGCGCAACCUUUGGAUCUAGUGAGUAACUGGAUUAACAUACACCAAGAGUCAAAGUAUUUUCAGACGUUCAUCGAACCCCUCGAUGAAGAGGGUCUCAUCUCGGAAGAAACCGAGGAGAGACUAAACGGUGAAGUGUUAGAUGCUACAGAUGCACCACCAAGUACUGAUAUUGGGGGCCUUGAUGAAACACUCAAGAGUAGAGAUGAAACUGCAACUCCCAUAAGGAACAACCUCAAUGAGUACACAGAGUCUGUAGUCGAAAGCUUGAAAUCAGAGACUAAAGUUGAGGCCGUAGAAGCAGAUGCUUACAGUAAUCACUCUAAAGACAGCAUACAAUCUUCAACCAAAGAUGAAAGAGUCCAGGAGGCUGGAGAUACUAGAGGUUCUUUGGUCACUUCCUGGUCUAGAGAGAGUAAUAAUGAAGACACCAUUCAAAAAGACACUGCUAGACAGGAAACUUUGACAUCAGGUGACGUCAUAAACAUGGGGACAACAGCAACAUCUGAAGACAUUCAAGACAAAGCCCCAUCUGAAACAGAACAACAGAAUGUAUCUAGAAUUGUCGACCUGAAUGUAAAAGAGUCCGAACAAUGUGAUCAACAAAAUAUGACUGAUGAAACCAAACAUUUAGCCCAAACAGAGGAAGCAAGUAAUAAAGAGACCUUGGAGAGUUUGGAAGACAAUUUGAAACCUGAGCAUGAACCUCAGUCAGAGAAUAUCGAGCCACAGAGUCCGACAAUCACAGUAAUUACAGACCUCACAAUUGUCAAUAAAUCGGAAAAUGGGAGCCAAGAUGACACAGCAAGUGUAGACUUCCAUUCCAGACAGUCAGAUGGAAGCAGGAACGUGAAUGGAAACAGGAGAACAAAAGUAAGUGAUGGCCAAUUCAAACAGACUCUAAGCACAGAGACCUUAAGCACUUUCUCAUUGGAUGACUCAAGAUUUUUUGGGCCCGCAGGAUAUCCGAGAUUAACGACUGCUCACACGGAGAACAGUUAUUAGUACAAUAGUAAAUCCUUCACCUAACCAAGGGGUGUCCAGCCCUACUCCUGCAGGCUAUUGUCUUGCAGAAUUUAGGUCUAACCCCAGUUAAACACAUUUGAACAAGUUAAUCAAGGUCUUCAGGAUUACUAGAAACUUCCAGACAGGUGUAUUGGAAAAAUCUGCAGGACAUCAGCCCUCCGGGAGCAGGAUUGGACACCCCUGCCUCAACCCAUAUUGAUGGGAUUGAAAUAAUGGCACUUCCUUUUCCUUAUCAGAGAACCAUAGUGAGUCCUGUGUGCUUGGUAGGGAAGCUAUCAACAUCCCACUGAAAAUAGACACCGUAGAAAGCACGCAGCACAAAUAAUUUAAUUAUUCAUGAAGUGGAGCCCUCCAGUUGGUUAGGCUGCACUAGCAGUAUACCGACACACUUCAGACAUGCAUACCUUAACUAAAAGACUAAUGCCUGCACUUUCCUCCGUGUUCCUAAUUAAUAUCCGGAACACUUUAAUUUGCGGUUGCACAGUGUGAUGUGAAUGACAUGAACACCUUGCUGAUUUCUGGCAUUAGUUUAAUGGUGUUCUCAUGAUUUUACACUGGAUUAAUCAUCCAUCAUCAGUUCACAUACAUUGCUAUGAUACCUUCUUUCUUUCUAUUUUUUUUCUUCUUUUAUUAUUGCUCAUAAUCAUGCAGACCAUGAGAGUUAGAAUCAAAACUUUAGAUGUUUCAAACCCAGAAGCAAGGCCAAAUUGCUCUAAUAGUGCCUGUGUUGUUAAGUGACAUCAGUCGUUUAAAUAACCUGUCAAGCUCCUGUUUCAUUCGUUGGCUUUUUUGUCAAAAAAUGGUUAUUGCUUUUGAAAUUAGAAUAAAAAUGCUGAAAUACA